CCUCGACGCGCUCUUGCACACUCCCGUCGUCGCCGCUUGUCGUCGCCGCCGCAGCCGCCGCUGCUGCCUGUUCCUCUCCCUCGCGGCACCCUUCGGCACACGUUCGGCGCCUGCCUAGACCCUUACCUUUUCAUCUCCCCAUCACAUCACAUCUUCCCCGCUUGUCGCAUCGCACCACCCGCCCGCGGCACGUCCAGCCCCCAUCUAACCUCGCGCCUCUGGCAUCCUCCCACCCCCGCAUCGUCCAUCGCACGCUCUGACGCCUGCACCGCACGGUAGGCGCCGCCGACAUGGGCUUCAACACUCCCCUGCCGCUGUCACUGCGUGACGAGUGCAAGAAGGCAGCCAAGAUUGUGCGAUCGUUCAUCGAUGUGAACAACAAUGGCUUGGACAAGGUGAUUCCCCGCAGCGUUCUGGAAAAGGCGCACGGCUUUGCCAUCUUCACCGUGGCCAAGGCCGGUUUCUUAGUCUCGGCACGAGCAGGCUCUGGUCUUGUCAUUGCCAGGCUGGAUGAUGGCUCCUGGAGCCCACCGAGUGCCCUCGCCGUCGGAGGUAUGGGCUUUGGCGGCCAAGCCGGUGCCGAAGUGACCGACUUCCUGGUCGUGCUCAACUCGCGCUCAGCCGUCGCCAGCUUCAUGUCCGCCGGCAGUUUCACAUUAGGCGGCAACCUGUCCAUCGCGGUCGGACCCCUCGGUCGAAACGCCGAGGCCUCUGGCGCAGUCAACACAAAGGCCCAGCUCGCAGCAAUGUACUCGUACUCCAAGACCCGUGGCCUGUUUGGCGGCGUUUCAGUCGAAGGCAGCGUGAUUGCCGAGCGCCAGGACGCCAACCGCAUCGCCUACGGCGGCAACCCCACGGCCAAGCAGAUCCUCACGGGCCAGUUUGACCCCCCAGACUGGGCAUACCUCCUCAUCGACGUGCUCGACGACGCCACGACGCGCCCUGGGAUGGAGAACUGGGUCCAGGACGACCCAGAGGACGCCAAGGCCAUGGGCACGGGCUGGAACGCCAACGGCAGGAACGAGAAGAAGGGAUCGGGGUAUGCCUUUGGCGAGGGCGUCGGCGCCGGCGGCACGUCACCAGCGGGCGGUCGCAAGCGUUCUGGCUCGAUCAUGAGCCUCGGGUACAAGGACAAGUCGCAGCACGAGCAAGUGUUCCGCGAUAGCCGCACCGUCGACACGCGCUUUGUCGACCCGUACGACGACAACCCAUGGGACGGCAGCAAGCGCAGAGGGAGCAACAAUGGCAGCCCUCGCGGCAGUGGCAACGUCACGCCCGUCAUGGAGCAGGGCCGCCCUCCACCCAACCGCCCGUGGGAGGCCAAGAGAGCCAGCUCUUACAUCCCCUUCUCCUCGAGCAUGAACUUCAACCCGGCCAAGAAGGGCGAGCGUCGCAUGACUGGGCCUUCGAGCGAGACGUACAAUGCGUCGGACGGCCCCGGCGGCGUCACGCGAUCCCGCGCCAGCUCAAUCGCCCGACCCUAUGAGCAAAAGGCCACGCCGUCGCCCUUUGCCGACCUCGACUCGAUUGGCGGCCGCGCGCGGUCUGGCAGCACGCCAGUGCGCGGCUCGACCCCGGCCAGAGGCAGCCCCGAUCUCAUCGGCGACUGGAGCAGCCAGCGCCAGCAUUCGCCCGCCCGCUCCGACCGAGGCCAGUCGUCUGACCUCCUCGGCCAGUGGGAGAAUGGCACCAACGGUGUCACUGCCAGCUUUGCUCGCCUCAACACUGGCUCACCAGCGCGGGGCAACCGCUCACGCGCCAACUCGUCGCUCCAAAACUCUACCCUCCCCUUCCCCGACAUUGCCGAGGACAAGACGACGAGCAACUUUGCCGCGUCGCGGCGCGACUGGGAGGCGCCGUACGAGGCCCCCGAGGACAUUGUCGCUGCCACCAAGCGGCGGGAGCGCAACCGGCGCGUCUCCAAUCACGUCCCGUCGCGCUCGUCCGACGCCGAGGACCCGUUCUCGUCGUACGACGACAUGCCGUCCAGCCGCGACUUUUCGCCUCCCCGCCGCGCACCGGCGUCGUCGCGCAAGGAGUCGGCUGCGGACGAGGGCUACGCGCGCGCCGUCGCACUGUUCGACUUCCGCGGUGGCCAAUCUGGCGACCUCGCGUUCACCAAGGGCCAAGUCGUCGUCGUCCUCAACUCUGUCGGCGACGGCGAGUGGUGGACCGGACGCCAGCCCGGCGACUCGAAAGAGGGCAUCUUCCCCGCCAGCUACGUCGAGGUGCUCGAGAUUCCUGUUUCGCUCAAGUCGGACAUGACCAGGACCCUCUUGAAGUCGAGGGUGUUGGGUCUGGACGACUUUGACUAGACGCGGCCAGGUGCCCGGAUUGAUUUUUGAUUGUAUCGAGUGUAUGGAUCUGUUGCCAG